AGCCUCUGGUUUCUCUCUCUCUCUUUUAGUCAUGUGGCAACAUCUAUAAAGGCCUGGCGCAAACUGGAGCCUGGGGCUGCUUCGAUGAGUUCAACAGGAUCUCGGUGGAGGUGCUGUCUGUGGUGGCAGUGCAGGUCAAAAGUAUUCAAGAUGCCAUUCGAGACAAGAAGAAGAGGUUUAACUUCAUGGGUGAGGAUGUAAACCUGGUCCCUUCGGUGGGCAUCUUCAUCACUAUGAACCCCGGCUAUGCCGGCAGGACCGAGCUGCCAGAAAAUCUCAAGGCUCUCUUCAGGCCAUGUGCGAUGGUGGUGCCAGACUUUGAGCUCAUCUGUGAGAUCAUGUUGGUGGCUGAGGGUUUCAUCGAGGCUCGACUUUUGGCCAGAAAAUUCAUCACUCUCUAUCAGCUCUGCAAGGAGUUGCUCUCCAAACAGGAUCACUAUGACUGGGGUCUGCGGGCCAUUAAGUCAGUGCUAGUAGUGGCCGGUUCCCUGAAGAGAGGAGAUCCACAUAGACCGGAGGACCAGGUGCUGAUGAGAGCCCUGAGAGACUUCAAUGUCCCAAAGAUCGUGACCGAUGACAUGCCUGUCUUCAUGGGCCUCAUCGGGGACCUUUUCCCUGCUCUUGAUGUGCCACGCAAAAGGGACAUGGACUUUGAGAAAUUUGUCAAGCAGUCUGUGUUGGAUCUCAAACUGCAGGCCGAGGACAACUUUGUGCUCAAGGUGGUUCAGCUGGAGGAGCUGCUGGCUGUCCGUCACUCCGUGUUUGUGGUGGGAAAUGCCGGCACCGGCAAGUCCCAGAUCCUUAAAUCCCUCCACAGGACAUAUCAGAUCAUGAAGCACAGGGUCGUCUGGGCUGAUCUUAACCCUAAAGCAGUCACCAACGACGAGCUGUUCGGUAUUAUCAAUCCAGCCACGCGCGAGUGGAAAGACGGACUGUUUUCUAAUAUCAUGCGUGAGCUGGCCAACAUCAAUCACGCUGGGCCCAAGUGGAUUGUCCUGGAUGGCGAUAUCGAUCCGAUGUGGAUUGAGUCACUGAACACAGUAAUGGAUGAUAACAAGGUGCUGACUCUGGCCAGUAAUGAGCGGAUUCCUCUGAACCCAACCAUGAGGCUGGUGUUUGAGAUCAGCCACCUCCGCACGGCCACUCCAGCGACGGUCUCCAGAGCUGGCAUUCUGUACAUCAACCCUGCUGACUUGGGCUGGAAUCCACCUGUGUCCAAGCUGGAUUGACCAGAGAGAAGUCCAGUCAGGAGAAGGCCAAUCUGACCAUUCUGUUUGACAAGUACCUCCCAUCAUGCCUCGAUACUCUCAGGUCAAGAUUUAAGAAGAUCAUCCCUGUUCCUGAGCAGAGUUUGGUGCAAAUGCUGUGCUACCUCCUGGAGUGUCUCCUCGUCCCAGAAAACACUCCUCCAGACAGCCAUAAGGAUCUCUACGAGCUCUACUUCGUCUUCGCCGCUGUCUGGGCCUUCGGAGGGACCAUGUUCCAGGACCAGCUCGUGGAUUACAGGGUGGAAUUCAGUAAGUGGUGGGUAACAGAGUUCAAAAGCGUGAAGUUUCCGGCUCAAGGCACCGUAUUCGAUUACUACAUUGAUCCCGAGAGCAAAAAAUUUGAGCCAUGGUCAAAAAUGGUUCCGAAUUUUGAGAUGGAUCCUGACAUACCUC